AUGAGCAUCAAGACACUGUUUCCGGCAUCCAGCCAGAAGCCGCGAUCACAAUACUCUAUUGCGGGAAAUAUUGGGUCUGGCAAGAAGACCGGGUUCGGCCCUUAUUCAGGGUUCGAAAUUGCUCUUCUGAAGGACAACUUCUCCAUAUCAACUUGGCUCCUCAUGGGUGGUGCCAUUCAGCUCCUGCUCUCUUUUGUCUUUCCUCGAUCUUACAUCGCUUUCCCUGUUCUGGCCAUCUUGGCCUGGAACAUUGGUGAUGCUUUCAUGAUGCACUUUGGCCUGAAGAAGAACGUUUGGUCUGAGGGUGUCAUUGAUGGAAAAUGGAGCGUGGCGUAUCCUUCCGAGGGAGCGACAGAAGUGGUCCGCGGCAACCCUAGCGAAAAUGGUCCACGCGCCGUCAUGAUUCUAGGAGCAAGGAGCAAUUCGCCAAUGGGCAUGUUUGCUGACGGCUACAAGGAAGUUGGGGCUCGGUUUCGGGACAUGCUCGUGCAACUGGAAGACACUCGAGAAGAAAGUGGUUUCCUGGGUAUGUCGACUUGGCUCAGUGCCGGCGAACGGUCCACAGGCAAUGAAGCCGCGACCAUUUCGUACUGGCGCUCGGUUGAGGAUAUUCACAAUUUCGCACUGUCGCCGAUUCACCGUGACGCCUGGAAUUGGUGGAACGACACCGUGUCCAAGCACAAGGACAUCGGUAUCAUGCACGAAAUCUUUGCUCUGCCUGAGCAUCACGGCUGGGAGGGUAUCUAUGUCAACUAUCACCCUACCGGCCUGGGCAUGACGACCCGGUCUGUGGGAUCGGGAGGUAAGAAGAUGUGGAUCAACCCUAUCGUGGAUGCCAGCCGCGGCGUUUACCGAACAAGUCGAGGACGUAUGAGCAGAGGAGACCCCGAGGGCAAGUGCAACGACAAGGUGGCACAAGAUCCAUAUUCUCAGGCUGUCCUUAUGAACUAG